AAGAAUCAUUUGCCACCUCCGCGGCGCUCUCCUCCGCAGUCAUGGGCACCGUGCUCUCCAUCUCCCCCGCCACCAAGAAGGUGAUCGACGUGGACGACAAGGGCGACAAGAGCCUCAAGCGGCCUUCCAUGUUCGUGUCGCUGUCGUGGAAGAAGCUGGUUGCCAGCUCGGCUAAGAAGAGCGCCAAGAAAGUCACCCCAACCCCCAACCCCAACCCGCCGUGCGCUCAGGUGGCCCAGCGCAACAGCGACAACCUACGGAAAAGCCUUCAAAGCGAGGAACGCAAGCAACGAGCCCCCAUCCCGGUGCCGGUCCCGACGGUGCCUGCGCACAACAACAAUAACGGCAGCAGCAAGGCGCCACCGGCGCUGAAGCAAGACAGCAGCCCGGCUGUUGCGGUGUCCCCGCGGCGGAUAGUGAUCCAGGCUUCCACCGGGGAGCUGUUGCGCUGCUUGGGGGACUUCGUGUGCCGCCGUUGCUUCAAGCUGAAGGAGUUAAAUAGCGGCGAGGUGAUCCUGUGGUUCCGCAACAUCGACCGGACUCUGCUGCUGCAAGGCUGGCAGGACCAAGGCUUCAUCACGCCGGCUAACGUGGUGUUCGUCUACCUCCUGUGCGAGGACACCCUGGACGAGAGCGUGGCCAGCGCGGCCGAGCUGCAGGGCGCCUUCCAGACCUGCUUGUACCUCGCCUACUCCUACAUGGGGAACGAGAUCUCCUACCCGCUCAAGCCCUUCAUGAUCGAGGCCAACAAGGACGUGUUCUGGGAAACCUCGCUGAGCAUCAUCGAGCGGCUCAGCGGCAAAAUGCUGCAGCUCAACGCGGACCCGCACUUUUUCACCGAGGUUUUUCAAGAGCUGAAAAGCCAGAGGGACUGCAGCGAGGCCAACCUGGACCGCUGACGUUCCAAGAGCAAAUGACAAGACAGAAGGGGCGGCUUUGAAUGUAAAGGGCCAAUUUUAAAGGCUGGAUAUCGCUCGAGAUGUAUAGCAAUGCGGCAGUAGAUGUGUUUAGACGGCAGGAGAAUCAUCAACUCGCGCAUGCCAUCAAUGGUGUUGUCCUGCCUUUGUUUUGUUACAAACGACAUUUCAUUUGAUUCAUAAUUAGCCUGCUCGAGGAGCAGAAGAGCGGCG